AUGGUGACGACAAUAAAAUCAGAGAGUGAUAGAGAUGCCCCCACAAGAUCAUUCAUUACCAAGACCAAGACCAUGGCCAACAAUAACCUCAUUACUUAUUUGACGAUCGGUGGGGUAUCGUUAUUAACCGGCAUCUUUAUCGGAAAAACCCUUGUAGAUGCCAAACAAAGCGAGGAGAUCCUUACAAAAAAACGCAUAGAAGAUGAAGAUGACGAGGAUGAAGAAUACGAUAGCGAGGAUGAAGAUGAACCACCUAUUCUAAUCGAUUCUACCCCGUUGAAUGAAAUCCCCGGAGAAGUACGUAUGAUAUUCGCCAUUAGAAUGGAUCUCGGGAUGACCAAAGGUAAGCUGGCGGCUCAAGUAGGCCACGCCGCCGUGGGAUUAUAUAAGCAGAUCUCCAACCCAUCACUUGCCAGUUACAACCCAACUCUUUUACAACGGUGGGAAAGAAGUGGCCAGGCCAAGAUUACAGUGAAAUGUCCUGAUGAGGAGCAAAUGGAUAUGUUGUUCGCCAUGGCAGUGGAUCGUGGGGUCAACAGCUUGGUGAUCCACGAUGCUGGACGCACCCAGAUCGCUCUGGGAAGCGCGACAGUAUUAGGGUUAGGUCCAGCCCCCAAGGCGGUGUUGGAUAGUAUUACUGGGGAAUUGAAAUUGUACUAG